GAAAGUGAUAGGGCUGAUCAGGGUUGAAGCGAGACGAGGAGUCCAGGGCACCUGGGCGCUGUGUGGGCACACAAGGUCGAGAUUGUAUGGCCUACUACAACAAACAUCUUUGCAACAUGCAUUAAAGCAGGAAAAAUGACUUUUGGUAUGGGCAAGCGUUAAUAACUGCUUUAAUUGUUUACAGUACUACUGAUACUACUGCUGCUCCGACUACUACCUAUUAGUAUUGAUACUGUGAUAUUACUACUGCCUUAAUUUCUGUUGCUUUAAUGCUAUUUCUUCCACUGCUACUGUUAGUUCUACUGCAGGGCAGCAGUGAGUUUUAGAAAUGGUUGCUAAGCUGGCAGCAUGCCAACAGGUGUUAGUUGCCAAAGUUGACAGGAUGGUUUUUGUAUUUUAAUUAUUUAUAGUUGGAGUGAUAAUAGUCCUGUUUUUUAUUGCCCCAUUCCUCAAUGGAAUAUUUAAAACCAUUUUACAUUACAAAAACUAUAGUCUGUUUUUUUCUGUUUCUUUGUGUCAAACACACAGUUGGGCCUGCUACUGUUUACUUUUCAAUAUUGACUAAUUGGUCAACAAUUGUUUGGUUUAUAAAAUGUCCAUAAGUACUGAAAAAUGUUUACCACUUCCUAUAGCCUUUUUGAUUCAACUAACAUUACACAACUCAAAGAUAUUCAUGCCACAGUGAUGUAAAAUGGAGAAACACAAAAUGACUUUCAACAGGUGGUUCAGCUUCACCAAGUACAUUGGUGUCAACAGUGCACCUGCUCUUGUCAGUGCUGCUUUGCCUCUCACGUUUCUGCUCCUGUGUCUUGUAGGUUAUUCUAUGAUGUCGAGGGGUUAUUUUUAGAUCUUUUUUAAUCUAACACAUACACAGAAAAACACCAAACCAAAAAUAUCUAUCAACAAGAACAAGUGAAAUGGUGUGAAAUGGUUUGAAGUGGUUUGACAGUGGUGCAAAUUUGGUUGAUUGAUGCAGCCAUGUCAAGUCCUGUACAAGACAUACAUGCAUAUAAACUGACACAGUCUAUUUUGUCUGCUCAAUUGUUUUUACUUAAUCAGUUUUAUAUCCAUGUAUUUGUUUAGCUGUUUAACAAUGAUUUCAAAAAGGCUGCAAAGUAGCUUCAGCCAAAUAUAUCAAUAUAAAUAUAGGCCCUAUCUGUUGCACUUUUCCCCCUGUGUAACAGUGUUAACCUGUGUUGACCCUGUGAAUAUAAAGUAAAUAGAUCUUGUCUUCUACUGCUGUUUCUACUACUUAAUUCCUGUAUUAUUUAUGGGUUUAUUUAAAAGGGACAGUGUAGAUCAACAAACAGACAAAUAAAUUACAAUUAACCACUAAUUUCACCAGUUAUUAAAAAUACAACCAUUAUUAAUUCUAUUAUUACUACUACUAUUUUCUAGGAGUUUUACCUACUAUUAAUACUGCUUUUAUUUUUAAUUUGUAGUAGCAGUAAUAAACAUUUUCAAGUGGGGCCACAAGGUCACUAGUUUACGUUCCUUGCCUUUGUGUUUUUCUUUAGUAAAUACUGACGUCUGGGCGGCACACUCAAAUGGAUUUUCCUCUACCCCAAAAAAGUAUUUUAAGGCCUUCUGCCUUAAGUUUUUCUGGAAGUUGCUCCUACAGGCUGGAACCAUGGAGUCGUCCUCUGAUGAAGAGGAGGUGCGCACCUUCCUCCAAGUCAUGAGUGAGAAAUACAACCCAGAGAAUUUCCCCUAUGGCCAAGGAGUAAUGGUUCUCUCCAGACCGCCAGGAUCCCCCGUCAAAGAUCGCCUGUUCUUGCCCAGCAUACUGGUUCUGAAUUACUGUGGAAUCAGUAAAGCUGGUGACAGGUCAGACAUUGCAGCUUUCUGUGCCCAUGUGGUAGGGCUGGACCUGUCCCACAAUCAACUUAACGACUGGGUAGAGAUCAGCACCAUCGUUUCCAGCAUCCCCCACCUGGACUUCCUCAAUCUGAGCAUGAACCCUCUGAGCGGCGUAGAGCUGGAGCCCAGCAUGGCUGAGGUUUUCUCCAGGGUCCGACAACUUGUCCUCAUUAACACACACGUCAGCUGGGACACCGUGCACACACUCACGCAGCAUACACCAGAGCUUGAGGAGCUUUUCCUGUGCCUGAAUGGCUACAACACCGUGUCAGAAUCCCAGACGUCCUGUCCGUCACUACGCCUGCUGCAGAUUACAGAAAACCAGCUGCAGGAUUGGGCAGAAGUGAGGAAGUUUGGGCUGAUGUACCCAAGUCUGAGCACACUGGUGUUGGCCAAUAACUCUGUGGAGUCUGUGGGUGACACUCAAGAAACACUGCGGUGCCUCUUCCCCAACCUGCGCACCAUCAACCUCAACAAUUCAGGGCUUAGUAAAUGGGAGGACAUUGAAAGGCUGAAUUUCUUUCCUAAGCUGGAGGAAGUCAAAGCAAAAGGGAUUCCUUUAUUGGAGCCUUACACCACCCACGAGAGACGUAGCCUCCUCUUAGCACAGCUACCAUCUGUAGUGGUGUUGAAUGGGGGUGCAGUGUCUGCUGGAGAGAGAGAGGAUGCUGAGAGAUAUUUCAUCAGGUACUACCAGGACUGUCCGGAACAGGAGCUUCCUCAGAGGUACCACAUCCUUGUAUCCAAGUACGGUCAGCUGGCCCCGCUGGCGGAGGUGGACCUGAGCCCCCGCUGCACCACUGUGGAUGUUCGCUGGGGCGAGAGGGUGGAGGCAGUCAGUCUUCAUCUGGAGCAGACGGUGGGCGACCUGAAGAAACACCUUAGAUCUCUGCUGCAGCUGCCCACCAAUGGGAUCAGGCUCUUCUACAUCAACCGGGAGAUGUGUUCGGUCUUCGGACCUGAGGAGUUGAAGUGUGGCUGCCGGGCCCUCCAUUCUUAUAGCAUUCGAGAUGGGGAUGAGAUUCUAGUAGUGCCCAAAGUCAAAAGCCGCUGCAGCUCAUCAGAUCUUUGAAUCAGGAGGCUCUCUGGUUUAGGAUGAAUGGGACAGGGAUUUUAGAUAAUAAACACUGACUAUAUACUAAGCUUUGACUUGAGACUUUUUAGAUUAAAAAAGGGUCAUAUUUGUCAGCCUUGAAUGUAGGGAUGUUUGCUGUCCACCAUAUUGAACAAAUUUAUACAAUAAUAUAUUUGCACAUAUAUUUCCACAUUCACAAAGCUUGUUUCUUGGGUGCAAGUUACACAUUUAGUCGCUUAAGCUUAGACUGCACUUUACAUCUCAUUUAUGAAAAAAUGGCAUGCAAAUCCAAACGUGGUGCAAAUAGUCCUCUGAAAGAAAAAAACAGCUGCCAUAAUUACCAGUUGGACUCUAAAUUGCACGUUGAUUUUAAAACUAAAAUCAUUUUAUAAUUGGAGUGUUUGUCUUAUUAGAGAUUUUAUCUUGUCUGAUAUGCUGGUGACACUGCUGCACUGUGCAUGGGACAUUUUUAAAUUAGGUGACAAAUGUAUCAUAUAGAAGUUCAGAUGAAAAUUUGAAAAAUACCAGUUGCUGUGUAUAAGUUCUGUAUAAGUUCUGCCCUGGCAGGUUUUUCUGCACCAUAAUCAGCAGCUCUUUGAUGUUUUCUCUCUAUUUUUCUGUUCUUUCUUCUAGUGGAAGAUUACUGAGAGGCCUGUUCCCUAUAAACUGAACAGGAUCCUCUGGCAGCAGUUAACAGUGGAACCUUUUUAUGCCUAAGGAGUAUACAGUUUGGGUGAAAAUCAUUCUAAACCAAUCUACUCCUUAAAAGCCAACACAAUGGCAAACAAUCAACCUUAAUCAUACAGCAAUUGACUUUGCAGAUUGCGCCAAGCUGACUUUAAUUUCUGCAUGUUGGCAUCGCCAAGGAUUUGUGAACUGGGUGCAGUCUACAUUUGCAUCUCAUACAAAUAACUUAUGUGGGUAAAAAGAAUGAAUGGUUUACAUUUUAUUAAUAUUGCCAGGAUCAUGACUGACUCAAAGAGGCUUUGUUUUAUCUAACCUUUAUUCAAGCAGAGUAGAUUUGCUGAUGACAGUGUUAUUUUCCAGGAACAUGAGUGUGUGCAUAAGUAACACAAAUCUUUUCCUGCUUCUUCCUGUCACUCAGAUCACUCUCUUUCCACAUGACUCUUGAUAGCAGUGAAAUAUCCUGGGAUAACCCCCUGAGCUGAAAUUACAAAUGCAGUGUGUUGGGGAUAACGUAGAGCACAUGGCUGCUGCUCAGUCAAGACGCCCUGGCAGAAAGAUGAGACAAGUCUGAGGUGAGCUUGAGUCUGGGACGGAGAAAAGAUGCUCAAGUUACUGCAGGUCUGAAUGGAGCAGCUCUCUCUCCCUGCAGAGGCAGCUGAGAAAUGUUGAGGCCCAGUCUGUAUGGUAACCACACACCAGCCGCUGUGUCAUGGACACUUCCGCUGCAUUUAGGGUAAAAUAGGUUCACCCAACAGGCUCUCUCCCCUCACCCGUUCACCUCAAUCUCUCCUUUACAUCCGUGGUACAAACCUGACACUUCUCGUGUCUGCCGUUUCACAGGAUGUGCGGUCGUGAACUUUUCCAUCGGCUCACAUAGGUAUUUAUUGUUUUCAAUAUCAAAAACACAUCCAACUCGCAUCCAACUCGCACACCUCCCACAUUUUCACAAUGCAUGGUGAGGAGCUGAGCGUGAAGCGAGACAAUUGUUUGAUCCUACUCCUAAGGAAGGCCAAUUCAAAGUCUUCAGUUAUAGACAAAACUGCCAUGGCCCCGCCUGGCUGUGUGGCGUACCCUCAUCUCUAACCACACUCCCUCUGAAAGGCCUCCUCUCCCCAAAUACAAAAUGGUAGUUACUACUGUUGUGUUUGUUGUAGUCGUUCUUGUUGUGAUGUGAUGUGAUACAUCGAAUUGACCAACAGUGAGUGGCAGCACUGCCGGCAGCUGCUGAAAGUACCUGGAACUUGCCUUUAGGAUCACCUCCUGGGCAGUGUUGAAGUUCAUUUCCAGGAGCGUAGUGGGUGGAGAAAAAAGCAGAACCUGAGAACCUGAAAAGGUCCUGCAGUGAAAAAGGGAUGUUAGAGUUUCCAAUUAACUGACCUGCAUGUCUUUGGACUAUAGGAGGAAACGGGAGCUGUCAGAGGAACCCCACACAGACAUGGGGAGAACUUGCACACUCCACUCCCAAACAACAGCACUAGCCAGUGGAUAAGAACCCAAGACGUCCUUUCUAAGUGCUGCAUUCAUAGAAAGCUAGCGACAUGAACUUGCCAAUAGUAACCUGUCAUGUAAAGCAUCACCAACUGGCUGGGUUGCUAAACAUCGGCUCUAUGUGUGCAGAUUGUUGUGACUACAGAUUUAGGAGUUGGACUAUAACGCUCGCUGAACAUCUUUACAAGUUUCAUGUUUGGUAGCAAGUAAGCAUUUGGAAAACAUAAAGAAACUGGAAAUACUGUCUAACCCUUAGCCUUUUCACGAGGUUUGUACAGCUUUAUACAGAGAAGCCCUUGGGUUUCCUCAUGUAGUCCAAAGACAGACAGGCCAGGCUGAUCAGGGACACUAAAUUAAAUAUGUGUUGAUGUUUCCCUGCCUUUUGCUCAUGCAUGCUGGGAUAUGUUCCAGUCUGCCUGACACUGAGCAGCUAAAAGAUUUCACCAAAUGUGUUUUGUGUUUUGUUUUGAAAAUGCUACUAAUUUGGAACGUCUUGCACAAGCUAUUUCUUUUAAAUAUUGGAGUUCCGUGACGUCAGUGGAGUUUAUGUUUGGAGACGCGUUGGGUGAAGUGAGCUGGCAGGAUAAAAUGUUUCUCAUGAAAUCAUUUAUAGCUAUUAUGAGUGAAAUUUAGCCUUGUGUUACUGAGAGAAUGUGUUGAGAUGCCAUCGUCCUGUGGCAGCUUUACAGUGGUGUCUGGAUCCCUCCUCUGACACAAACUUAAUUUGUGUAGUAGAUAACUGGACUCUUGGAGCUUUCUUUGUCACAUACAUUAUACUUGGCGUUAUGUGGAUCGUGGGAAGUUGGUGGUUUGCAUGUUCUUAUAUUUCUUGAUAUGUUUGAUUUAAAAAUGUGUAAGAGAUCAUUUGUGUCAUUUCAGGGAACCAAUGUUGUUUAUGGGCAUUUGUAAUUUUGACAUUUUUUGUGUAUCUGUGCUCUUGUCAACCUCACUUUUAUUCUUCAGUAAUACGAAAAACAAAGAUUAUUUACAGAUUUAUUCAUCUAAAAGAUCAUUGCUAAUCUGUUAUACAGUUUGCCUUGUGCUGUAAAGUAUAUGGUGUUUAAUUUAUACCAUGUUUUCUUUUCAUAGUUGUCUAUCUUUUCAAUAUACAUAUACAUAUUUUCAAUGGUACAAACUUGUUUUCUUUCUUGAAAUCAUAAUGCCAUUUAUUCACCUGUACUGCAUAAUACUCAUUUCACUUCUCUUAAAGAAAUAAAUUCUAAUUAUUUCAGCUUG